CGCCGCGGCCUCCUCCCGGCCGCCAUGGCCGCGCCCGCCGCGGGGACCGAGCUGCCCGUGCCCGAAUCAGGUGCAGUUUUCACAUUUGGGAAAAGCAAAUUUGCAGAAGAUAUUCCUAGCAAGUUCUGGUUCAAAAAUGACAAGCCUGUACUUAUAUCAUGUGGAGAUGAACAUACAGCUAUUAUUACAGGGAAAGGUAAACUAUACAUGUUUGGCAGUAACGACUGGGGCCAGUUAGGACUAGGAUCAAAGAACACUGUCAGCAAACCGACGUGUAUUAAAGCUUUAAAACCAGAAAAACCAAAACUUGCUGUUUGUGGAAGAAACCACACUUUAGUUUACACAGAAAAAGGAAAUGUUUAUGCUGCUGGAGGUAACAGUGAAGGCCAGUUGGGAUUAGGUGACACAGAAGAAAGGACCACAUUUCAUUUAAUUAGCUUUUUUACCACGCAGCACAAGAUCAAGCAACUAUCAGCUGGAUCAUACACCUCAGCAGCAGUAACUGAGGAUGGGAAGCUCUUUGUGUGGGGUGAUAAUUCAGAAGGUCAGAUUGGCCUGGCCAGUGAAGCCUCUGUCAGUGUCCCCUGUAAAGUGGAUAUUGGAAAACCUGUUUCCUUUGUAUCCUGUGGAUAUUAUCAUUCUGCCUUGAUUACAGGAGAUGGUGAGCUCUAUACUUUUGGAGAACCUGUGAAUGGGAAACUGGGAUUAUUCCCUGAACAGCUGAAGAACAAUAGAGUUCCACAGCCUGUACUGGGAAUUACGGAAAAGGUUAAUAAGGUUGCUUGUGGUGGAGAACACACUGUGGUGCUGACAGAGACAGAUGUUUAUACUUUUGGACUUGGACAAUACGGGCAGCUGGGACAUGGAACUUUUGUGUUUGAAAGUUCAGUACCGAAGUCUGUGAAACACUUGAGGAGGCAUAAAAUAUGUAACAUUGCAUGUGGGGAAAAUCACACUGCUGUGAUAGCAGAGAAUGGCCUCAUGUUUACUUUUGGAGAUGGACGACAUGGCAAGUUAGGAUUUGGAGAACAGAGUUUUACAAAUCUGUUUGAUCCCACCCUGUGUUACAAUUUCUUGAAGUUCACAGUUCUUUUGGUUGCUUGUGGGGGUUGUCACAUGCUGGUUUUUGCUGCUCCAAGACCUAAAGGAUCUGAGGUAGUCUUGGAAGAUUUAUGUGAGCCUCGUUUGACUGCUACUCUCCCUAAAAUGAGUGGGGACUUUGUACUAGCAAACACUUUACAAUUAUCGGCAGCACGGAUACGACGUCGAGAGAGGGAAAGGUCACCAGAGCAGUUUGUUCGAAUGGCACAAACUCUGCCUCCAAUGGGGGAAAGCUCCUUAAAAUCCUCAUUGCCUGUGACAAGCAACACCAGCCCAUUCUGGUUUUCUGCAAAAAGUCAUCCUAAAGCUGAAUCUGUAAGGGAUGGAGACCAUGAAAAAGAAAAUAACCAUCAAACAGAUAAACCUGGUGAAGUCUCUUCAGAUCAAGAUUCAGAUAAUGAAAAUAUUGACAGAAACCUUGGGGAUACAACUGACAUCCUAAAUAUGACACACGCAAUGAAGUUGAAUCCUGGUGACUGGUCCUUAAAAUUAUCACCACUCCAAAAACAGAAGAAGAACAAUAAAAAUGUGAAACUGAAAAGAGAUGGUAAGGGUGGGCUGGAAAACAAGGAUUCUGAUUUCACAAAGGAGGGCUCAGUGUCAGAGUCUGUAUCUUUACAAAAGCAAUCUUCACUUUCAGAGUCACCUGGACAAGAUUUAGAAAACAGUAGUGCCUUUAUAGGGAAGCCUGUGGCCAGAAAACGUAUAAAGAAAGGUGAAUCUGAGCAUGCACAAAGUGAUACUGCUUUGAAAAGUGGUGCUCAAGAAAUUACUGAUGAAAAAAGUGUAUUAGUGAAAACAGAAAAAGAGUGUGUGGAAAAUCCUGAAUUUUUCAAAGAGGAUGGGACAUAUAAUCUUCCCACUGAAAAUCAAAUUCUGACUGAAAAAAUAAAUUCUUCCAAUAAAAAGCCAAAAGCUGUUAAAUCUAAGCAAUCCCUUAAAAUAGAGGUACUUCCUUCUGCUCCCAGGGAUCAGCCCCAGACUGAUUCAUUAGUUGUACAAGAAUACAUUCCUGUUAAAAAGCAAGGGAGUCAGAAAACAACAGAAAGUCAAAUCAAAUUAGAGAAUGGUAUUGAAAAAUCUGACAAGUGCGAAAGAAUGAAUGUCACAGGAGAAGAAAGUGGUGCAGAACAGAAGGAGCUUAAAAAAACCCAUCAGUUUCUGAAACAAAUAUCUGUAACUUCAUCUUCAACUGAGGAAAGUACUAAUGAUCUCCAAAAAUACAUACUUAAGGAAGAGGUCCAUUAUGAACACAGAGUUGUCCAGAGGGCAAGGAGAACAGUGACACAUCUGGACUUAGAGAAAGACAGUGAGAUUGAGGAGAUGAAAGCUACAAACAAUGAGAAAAAAUGUGUAGAACAGACUGAUUUAAAAAGCCUGAAUGAGGAGGAAACAAGCUCUGAUGCUAAAUCUGAUGAAGACAGGCCAUUAGAAAUUAAGAAUGAGGAGGAAUCUGAUCAGGAGCAGGAGAACGAGGGCAGUGAAAAGGGUGAAAGUGAAAAAGAAAAACUGGAUGAAACAAUUGACAGUGAAGGUAAACAAGGGGAGGAAGAAGAGAGUGAGGUUAAAAAAGAUAGAGAUGAAGUUUCAGUAGAAAAAGAUGAAGAGGGAAAAGAUAAUGAGGAAGAAAAUGAAGAAUCACAGGCUGAAAGAGACAGUGGGAAUGAGGGUGCAGAGGAGAUUGAAGAGGUCAGCCUGCAAGAUGGCAAAGAUCAAGGAGAUGAGCAAGGCAGGUUGAUAGAGGAAGAAGAAAUGUUGAGUGAGGGAGAAAAGGAGGAUAUGGAGGAGAAGUAUGAGAAAGAGGAAGGCACUGAAAAAGAAAAAGAGCAGGUCAAAAAAGCAGAAGAGGAAGGAGAAGAUGAAAAGGAUGAAGAAGAACACAAAGAGAGGGAGAAUGUAAAAGACAAAAAGGGUGAAGAGGAGGAUUUGGGAGAAUCAUUGUCAGGGAGGGAAGAAGAGGUAUCUGAAGAAGAACAGUAUGAGAAAGAUGCAAAUACAAAAACUAGGGAAGUGGGUGAGGAAGGAAUGGAAGAAGAAAAAGAUGGGGAGGAUGAAGUGGAAGAGGGAACAGAGGAUGAGAAAGAGGAAGGAACAGAGGCAGAAGCAGAAGGGGAGGAGGGGGAAGAUGAUGAAAAGGAAGAAGGGGAGGAAAAUGAAGAGGAAGGGGAAGAUGAAGAGGGAGAAGGAGAGGAAGAAGAUGAGGGAGGAGGGGACGAAGAAGAGACUGUUGGAGAAGAUGAGGGAGAACGGGGAUUGGGAGAAGAAGAUGAGGAAGAAGGAGUAGAAGCAGACGGAGUGGAAGAAGAGGGGGAUGAGGAAACAGUAGAGGAAGAAGAGGUAGAGGAGGAAGAAGAGGUAGAAGAGGGAGAAGAGGAAGGGCAGGAAGAAGAAGGGGAAGAGGGGGAAGAAGAGGAAGAGGGUGAAGAGGAAGAAGAAGAAGAGGAAGAGGGGGAAGAAGAAAAAGGAGAAGAGGGCGAGGAGGAAGAAGAAGAAGAGGGAGAGGGGCGAGAAGGUGAAGAGGAAGAGGGGGAAGAAGAUGAAGAGGAAGGGAAUGUAGGAGAGGAGGAAGAGGAUGAGGGAGAAGAAGAUGAGGGUGAG